CAUGCUUGCGUGUGGCCGUGCCUGUCUGCAUGGUCUGUGACGGGCUGGUGACAGCCAGCCGCCGUAACGGUCGGUUGCCGUGACGGGCGUGUCUGUGUACCAGGUGGCCGUGGGGCCGGCCGACCAGCCGGUCUGGGCGCUGGACUCUGCCGGCGUGCCGUGGCGCCGCUGCGGCGUCCACCAGCAGCCCAUGGUCGGCACGCACUGGGAGCCGGCGACCGGACUGGCGGCGGCGCAGCUGGCGCUGGCGCCCGGCGCCGUCUGGGGACGCGCCUCCAGCGGCGCUGUGCACCGCUGGCUGGAGGCCGGCCAGCAGUGGUGCCGCGUGCCCGGCUCCACCCGACACGUAUCAGCGUCGGUGAGCGGCGAGCUGUGGGUGGUCCACGCGGGCGGCCUCUACACACUGCACGACCUGUGGCUGAGGCCCGGCCAGCCAGUGCGGCCUCAGGUCCAGCCCGGCGCCGCCGACGCUGAGGACCGCGACUGGGAGCUGGUCACCUGCUGACUGACUGACUGACUGACUGACUCGCUGGCCCGCAAGGCCGCAGCAGGCUGGACAUUGUCAGCGGCGCCUGUCCGUGGCGGCGACGCACUUGCGCGUGUCAUGGAUCUGUUUGCGCCUGUUGUCUGUACCGUGCAUAACCCGUUGGUACGUAAACUGCGCCUGACGGUCGUGUGCUGUGAAUGGUGGGCGUUCCCAGAUGCGUUUUAUAAGCGACAAUAAUUAAGGAGGCCGACCUGUCGGAGUGCGUUUUGAUACGUUUGGAGUGCCGCGACUCGUGCGAGCCGCGGGAGCCGCCGUUUCAGGGAAGAAGUUUUCGUGUAUAUCACGCGAGCCCCCAAAGGUGUUGCGGUGCGCGGAUGGCACCGGGCGAUCGUCGGGUACAGCUGGACCAGAAUUAAUCGAGAUCUUAGGUACUGAUCGAGUCUGUGAUUGCUUGUCAAGUCCGGCGUGAUUGCUUGUAACGUCGGGACGUUGUAUUCUUGCGUAUCCUGCCCGUAAGCCCAGCUGUCCAUAUUCAUGCCCAAUACACACAAGA